AUGUCUCGAAGUGAUCGAUCAGUAACUGCACUUCAGAUUGAAAAUUUUCUAAAGGAUAGAGAACAAAGAGAUAAAAAAAGUUCAUUCUUUGUUGAAGAAAAACCCCAAGCAAAUUGUCUAGAUGUUGAUAGUAUAAUAGCGGCAAUAGAAGCUUUACCAAUCAACUGUAUAAAGCAAGAGACAAGUGAUACUAGUAGACUUGAUGUGAUCGAAAUGGAAAUGAAAGAGAUAACAAGAAUGGUAAAACAACUUGUAGAUAAGCAAACAAUGGUUGGGCAUCCUAAUGAUAGAAAUCAAAACUUUACAAGAGAUUCAAGAUACCAGAGGCAGAGCUCCAAUAACUGA